AUGGCAGACGUUGAGAUGGCCGGCUCCAAAGCCGAGAGACUUCCUAUCACCGUUGACAAGCCCACUCCCUACACUUUCGACCUGGGACACCUUUUGGCCAACGACCCUAACCCCAUCGAGCUCCCCCAGGGUGAAGCCCUCAACACUUCUCUGUACAAUGUCGCCCGCGACGGCGCUCAGUGCCUCCUCAACCAGCUCCUGACCACAUGCAAUAUCACCUCCUCAGCCGAGCACGGCGUGCUCCUCUCUCUGCCCGCCCCCCAGACACUACUCCCCCGCCACAAGCCACUGCCCGUUCCCAAGCCCCCGACCAAGUGGGAGCUGUUCGCGCGCAAGAAGGGUGUCGGAAAGUACAGCCAGCGUCCCGGUGUCGCGAUGGCCGAUAAGGAGCGCCGCAAGAAGCUCCAAUACGACGAGGCGACUGGCGAGUGGGUGCCUCGUUGGGGAUACAAGGGCAAGAACAAGUCCGGUGAGGACCAGUGGCUUGUUGAGGUUGACGAGAAGAAGUGGAAGAAGGAGGAAGAUGCUGCUGAUAAGGGCGGCAACAUCCGUGGCAUGAACCGCACUGAGCGCAAGGAGCGGAUGAAGCGAAAUGACCGCAAGAUGCGGGCUAACGAUCGCCGGAGUACUAAGAAAUAA